GGUUUGUUUGUUUGUUUGUUUGUUGUGCUUUUGUUUCUGUGAAGCAGAAGUAGCCAUUGAUGUUCAUAGAAAAUGUCUUAGUCAUAAAAUUGAUUCUUCACUAAGAUGUGACUCAGAUGUGUAUAACUACAGCCCGUGUUGCUGAGACUUUCAGACAAUCUCACUUUGCUGUACAGACUCAUAACCUUUCUACACUUGAGACAUUCUCAGCCCUGUGGACACGAAGGCAGUGUUUCAGCAUCUGCAGGAGGCACGAGGAGGGCGCCGGAGGGCAAGCAGGCUACUCAGGCUACUCGUUUUCUUUAAACUCUAGUUUGCCUGGACCUGUCCCCUUCAGCGUCUGGCUUUGCUCGCGCACACUGCAGAAGGUGAGGUUUCAAGUAGCGAAUGCAAAGCCCAGUGUGUUUUUCUUAUUUUACUGUUGAGGCAGUUAGGGAAAUAGAGAGAGUAGGGUAAGCCAAUGUGUUUUAAGCACAAAAUACUCUUAAUUCUUUCUGUUCUCUUCGAGUAUUAAUGUGAAAUCUCAAAGCAAGCAAGCUUAAUGUGUUGGGCUAAAUGCACAAUUGCUGUUUGUUCAACCGAAGUGGAAAUCAGCUCAUACUGUAAUGAUAAUGGAAUGAGAAUAGGGACAGUUAAUCUUCCGAAGGCCUCCCCUGUGGAGAGCACUGCCAUCCUAAAUCCAUUAACAAGGCUUUAGCCCUCAAGCGUUGCACUCGAGCUCUUAAUGAUCCCAACAGAGAAUGAAACUUGGCAAAUCACUGCUAACAAGCACUUCCUUGAACCUGUCUGUGAGGCUGAUACAGUGUUUCCGUUCCUCAUGAGCCAAGAGGAUUGCUGAAAUAGCCCCCGACCCCAUGUGGAAUGGCAGAAAAUUGCUACUUACUCCAUUUCUCCUCCUUAAUCACCUGCGGAGAAUGGGAUUAGCUGCUCUGCUGAAUCAGGGUCCUGGCUCUGCUUUCCCACCAGCCUUCCCGAGACUCCCCUGGGGAGAAGUCAGCCAAAGUUGGGAUCCCGGGGCUCUUUGCCAUCCCAGCUCACCUGAGUGUGAACGUCCUCAUCCUUGUAUCCUCCGCUGUUCAGAUUUCUCCUCCACAUACACUUAUUGGGAGGAAAUCAUUAAUGUUUUCCUCACUUGCAUAUUUUCACACCCAGUUUUCUGAAAUUACUAUUUUCCCUCUUUUGCUGGAUGCUCUAGUUAGAAGCAACAGCUAAAUUUCUCUGAAAAGUAAUGAAAUCGUGCAAAAAUACUCGAAUUGCUCUAUUAACCCAAACUAAAAAGAUUAUUUGUGGAGACAGGUAUUAUUUUCCCAGUUUUUAUAUUGUCUAGCUUAGAGCUAAAACAUAAGACUUAAAACUGAGAGGUAGUAUUUGUAAAUAUAAUGUAUUUUAAAAAGCUCUUUGAAAAUGUAAGAAAUGCCAGAGAUGUUUAGUUUAGUGUUUCAAUGGAAUCGUAAGCUCUCUGAGAUCUGGGAGGACUUAACCAUUGUGAGUGAAGGGAAUCGAAGAGAAUAAGAAUUGGUAAAACUUCAGAUGGGAAUUCGACAAUGGCAUUGUCUCUUGGCUAUCAUCCACACUCAUUACUCCAACUGUUAGGUCUCUACAUGUUAUUUUCUGAUGCCUAUCCUCAGUUCUGGUCCCAUGUCUCCAUUCCCACUGGACACUUCCACUCGACUGGCCCAUCUGUAAACUUAAGCUCAUAGCACUUCCUGCAAACUUCCCCUCCAAAUUUCGCCUUUUCUUUGAAGGAACAGUCACCUAGAUUUUUCAUUUUCCCACCAUAUUUAGUCACUUAUAAGUCCUGCAUUUACCCCAUCAUUCCGUUCUCAUUGCCAUCACCUGAAUCCAGAAGCAUGUUCAGUGAUUUCCUGUUGCUUAGGUGAUUAUAUGUCUCAGUUUCCCUGCUAUGUGAAAGUCUGUGCCUAUUUUAGAUCAUUUCCCCUGUUAAUUUUAGUAUCCCCUUUACUCUAAGAAGAGUCUCUUUUUGGACCAUAAAUUUUGUUUACCCUACAUAUUACCUCCGUGUAAAGUUCAGACUUCGGAUUCAGCUGACAUUAAGCAUCCUUGUGCCAGACCACUGUAUUUCCACUCUUCUCAUAUUCUUGUUUCUGCUUGUCUGAGUCUCCCUUUCUUCACCAAGUCAUCGUUCUUCUUCUGCCACUCAGCAUGUGCAGCCUUAUGCUAUUCGUGCAAGUUUUUGGAUAUGGCCUCAAGUUCCCCCAUCAGAUUCUAAACUCGUCCAGCGCAGGAGCCCUGGGUAGAUGCUGCACUCCGUUUUCCCUGUAGCAUCUCGCAGCAGGUACUAAAUGUUCAGUAUAACCUUGCGUUGGAACCAGAAGCUGUAAGUUCGGGUGGCAUUAUUGUUGAGCUGUUAUUCUGGGACAGAGCAUAUGAAUGAAUCAUUAAAGGGAUUUGUACUUUCCUGUUAUUUACUAAGCACAUUAUCUUGGUCUUGCCAAAUUUGAAAACUUUCUCCAUGGUUCCAUUGAACCAUGUUCCCUUUCUAGAAUUUUUGAUGUUAAUCCUAAUUUCUUCUUUUGUGUAUGUGUCCUUAGACUCUUCCUGUGUUCUCUUUCUCGAUGAGAGAAGUAUUGGUGUUUGUCCCUUAGGGAGUCGCUGGCUUCUCAGAGAGCCUAGGCUUGGAAUAAAGGCUCUGUUAUCCUUGAGUGUAUUUGUUGGUCAUUUGCAGAAGUGUGCCCUGUGACCCCUCAGAACAUGGUAGGGGGGCUAGCUCAGCAUCUGAGGGCAGCCUUCUUAUGACAUGCAUCUCUGUUGAGCUUCAGAAAUGAUGCAGCUGAUUCUGGUGGCUGAAUGGCUUGUCCACCCUCCGCCAGAUGCUCCUUCAGUCAGGACGGCCUGGCAGGUGCAUGUUUGUCACCAUUGUCCCUUACUAGAACUCUAAGGAAUAUCAGAUCAGCUUUUAGAAAUAAAACAACAAAUAGGACCCUUCACACACAGCUAUGGUGAGUCUGGACAUAGAAAGAGUUCUGUGUAAUCAAGAAGGGAAAUAAUCAUUUCUGUGCUUUAUGGAAUAGGCAUAAUAGAAUUAAAAACAACAACAAAAAAAACUUGUCAUGAUGCCAAGGACUAAGAAAUUUCUCUUCUGGGACCUGACUGCAGUGGCACUGUGUGACGUUAUCCAGUAAUCCCUGUGUGAAUCAGCCUGAUGAUCUUCACAGAGCUGUUUCAGAGCAUGUUCCUUUAACGUAGGUAUAGUUUGGCAACUUCUGCGGAGAGCUACCUCACAGAAGACCCGCUACCCACCUAAUCAACCAGGAGCCUUCAACUAGCUUUCCUGUAAAACGGUGUUUCUUAACCUUAAAAACACAUGGCCUCUUUUAAGAAACAUAAAAUUUCAUACUACUUCUCCAUUCUGAUAAAAUCCCCUUCAGUCUGUUUAUCCAACCUCUUAUCCUCACCAGCCGAGAAUAUUUUAUCUUGCUUUUUCUUGUUUGUGUUACAAAAGCAAUACUUACUCUUCUCUCCUAUUCAGUUAUAUUGAAUAUGAGUUUCAAACUAUAGGUUUUUAUUUAUAGGAGUUUUUGGAAUGCCACCCACACUCGAUUAAGAAUCAUUUGUCUAGAACCCUUACUUUAAUUGGCCACUUUAUUUAGAUGGGUAAGCUGGGUUCCAGCUAUGUAAUUCAAGGAGUCUAGUUUAAAGGAUUUGUACUCAGGACUUACGUCAGGCAAGUAAGUAGAUCAGGCAGCAUGACGUGUGAUCAAAGCUGUCAGCCUGACAACUUAUUUAAGUGGAAAAAGAGAGAACCCUGUAUAGAAGUUGUUUCUUAGAAUUGGUGCAGGUAGGUACAUAGUCUAGCAUUUUAGUUUAUCAAGUAACUCUCGAUGUGAUAGGCAUUUCGUUAACUGUUGUGUCAACACCAGGGCCAUAGCUGCUGUCCAGGGAGCCUCUUUUCCCCUGUGCUGGACUUCAGAUUUAAAGCAAGAUUUGCACUUCCCAGGAUCCAGCUAAUAAUAUCGAGUACUUAGAAAUUGCAUUUGCCAUGCUAAGCGCUUCUGAAUUUAUAACAAAUUUUUUUUUUGUCUUAUUUAGUCCUCAAAACAAACUCCAUUUUACAAAAGAGAGAAACCAGAAGUUAGACUGGCCCUGCAUCUUCUGGCCCGUGAAUGCAGAGCCAGACCUCGAAGUCAGUCGCUUUUAUCAUGUCACCGUGCUGGGUGUCAUACAUAACCCAGUCCUUUUGUACGGUCCAAUGACAAUCUCAUUUAGAGUAAACACUACCAUUCCAAGGCCCUUGGGAUUCUUUAGGGGCCCUCGGUGGUUCUUCUUCAGAUUUGGUCAGAUUGGUAAAUCCAGAAACAGUGAGAUCCUCAAGCAGGUUGCCAAGCAUUUGAUCCUCUUUGAAGUUCAGCUAUAUGUGACUGUUACAGCCAAAUCAUUAUGAAGGCUGGGCCCGGGGCUUCUCGCUUUCUUAGGUUUUCAUGACUUCCCUGAGUAUCUGUGCCAUUUCGCUGAGCAGCAGUUACCUUAGCUUUCUUAGCCACCUUUGGAAUUGUCACUUUAUCCUUAGAUGUAGAUAUUUUCUCUUUUUAUGAAUAUUGUCUUAAAAAGUUUUUGUAUUUUGAUAAUUUCAGUUUCUGAAUUAUUUCCUUAUUAAUGACCGAUGUGACUUUCUAGCUAAUCCCUUUGUGUUCCUUCUGACUUUGGGAAAUUAUAUCAGGUAUCCCUGAUUCUCCCUUCCGCCUCUCUUAAAGGGUCUUCCGUUUUCCUGAUUCUAUAGCUCCUUCCCCAUUCUGAGACUAAAGAGCAGAUCUGAGAUGUCCCAGGAUGUUUCUCAUCGUCUCCCAGCCGGCACAGGUGGGGAUCUGUGCUCGGGGGUUUGCCAGGAGAGCGAUUUUACACUCUUAUUCUGAGCAGCUCUACAUUUGUCCUCAUUUCUUCUUAUGAGACUCAUUAUGUCUAAUUUAAAUUUCUGCUUUCAACUCUCUGUUGUCCUCUGUACCUUUUGUGUGUUUGAAGGCCACACUCUGGUUUUCUCUGCAACUAACUUGCUUUAACUCAUCUAUAAAAUGAGCAUAAUUACUAGUCCUUACUACAUCAAAAUAGUGUUGGUGAUCAAAGGAGCAUGCAAGUGAUUUUGAAAAACAAAGAUUCAGUUGUGAAAGGUGUUAUUUUAAUGGUUUCCAAUAUAAUGGAAAUACAGCAAACAAUAAUAUACGUGUCUUUUAUUUCAAGCAAUCUUGGAUUUAAAACCAUGGUGCAGUUUAAAUGUUUUGUUGGUGUUAUAGCAGGAAUAGCCAUGCAUCUUUCCUGCCUUAAUCUUUUGUCCUAUGAAUCUUCUCUACAUUUUCCGUGGAUGUACUGGAAUGUUAUAGAAACCUGGGAAGGGUCAAGAGUGAGCUCUGAAGAGCUUCUCCACGCACCUCCAUGUGAUUCACUGUCCGUCUUCCCAGUGGAAUGGAGGCCUUUGGACGUCUUUUGCCAUCGCAGUGAACGUGGGGAACAAGCAGUCGGCAGUUGAGGUCCUUGUUCUAAACCAGAGCCUAGUAGUCCCUGGAGAUCCUGCUCAAAGUGCUGUCUUGGACAAGCUACCCUCUCUGCUGUGCUUAAUGCUUCUCAUUCCUGAGACUCAUAGCUGGCUGUGGAGCUGCUGCCCUGCUUCUUUUCUUCAUGGUCCUCAGAAGCCGCUUUUUUCCUGUGCUAGGCUGACCAAUAAAAUGAUCCCAGGGGUAUCUGGGGUCAUUCUAGGAUGUGGUUGGAGCUGUGAACCCAGGCCAUGUCAGAGGAGGCUUGGCGUAAGUAUAAAUGAACCUGUCAGAGCAGAAUCCCAGGGUCACCUGCUGAAGAGUGGUGAAACUAAAUUCAGUGCCUGCACUCUCCCCUUGAGAAAUCUAAACCAACUUGUUUAAACUCAGGAUGGUAAAACAGAGUGGGUGUGGUUUAGGAAGAGCAAUGUCUGCCCAAUACAACUUUGGGUCCCUGAUAGAGUAAUCCAUACAGACCGGAAGUCUGAUUCCAGUGUCACAUCUGGGCAAGUGACUCAAUCUCUGAGCCUGUUUCCACCUGUAAAAUGAGAGAUAAAUCUACCAAAUAAGGUUCCUUCAAGCAUUUAAGAGAGGCAGCAUUCAAUGCCUGCUCCUGUGUGUUGCCACCAAUUACUACAUCGGUGGACCAGACAAGAUAGGAUGGGUGUGUGGCUGGUGCAGAGGAAAGGGAGGGGGUCACAAAGGGGAUGACUAUUAUGGGAAGGUGGUAAGAGCUAUAUCUGUAAACCCUGGCUAAGCAGUGACAAGAAUGCAGAGAGGUGUAAAUGCCAGGGUGGGGGAUGAUAAGCAUGGAGAUAGGGGAAAAAGCCAGGCCUGGAAAUGGAGUGUCCCCGUCCUGUGUGUCCUCUGUGAGCUCGGCAAGACAAGCAGCUUUGCAUACAUGCUUCCCUUGUUGGGGCGGUGAUCCAUAGAGCUAGCAGGCCUAACAGCAGUCCCAUUAUUGAGCAGGUUCUGUCACGGCCGCACCAUGCAGGGAAGGGUCGAGAGUCCAGGGGUUAGUCUGUAGCCGGUUCCUCCAUCAUUCACUCCUGUGUGUACUCCGUCACCCCUCCUUCAGUGCCUAGUGUAGUGCUCUCAACACUGGUGUUCAGUAAACGCCUCAGCUAAAGUAAAGAUUUCAUUCUGGAGCACAGCUGCUUCCCCUACUCCUGUAGUGAUGCCACUGACACAAAAGUUUGUUCCAACACAAGGCUGGACAGCUCCCUGGGUGAAGGCAGUGCUGCGCGUGAGAGAACAGUCCUAUAGGACUACUGCAUCCUGCCCCACAAAACUGUGCUAAAAACCGUGAAAGUAUUAAAAAUAGAGCAGUGUGGUUAUUCCCAUCUUACAGCUGAAGAAAGCGAAGUUUCAGGGUGUCACACAGCUUGUAUGUGUACUUCUGGUCCAGGGCUCCCUCCCCUGACUCAGAGGUCUGCCUCCCACCCAGCUGAUAGGCCAGGCUCUCCCCAGCAGGGCGCCCAUUCCUUGGGGCCGGAGUGAACCUUAUCCCACCAUCCAUCAUUCUUCUUCCCCAUCCUCAGCACCUGCAGUGAUUUCUAGGUCACCUGGUGAGCGCUGUCAGUGAGAGGGCAGAGAGUGGAGAACACAGGUUAGGGUCCCCAAGAGGGAGGGAACUUCUUAGGUGCCUGGCACUUUGCUGGGCACUAACACCAGUGUGACACAGGGGGAGGCAUCCUCCCCCCUCUGUACCCUUACAAAGGGAGGCUGGAAGCGAAGUAACCCCUCGUUGGCCGAAAGCCGGUGAGAGUGGGAGGGAGGGCCAGGUCCUCAGCCUGAAGGUGGUGGGCUCGGGCCAGAACGCCCGCGGAGGCGGUGCCCAGGAGGGGCAGGAGUGCGGGCUGCAGGUUGCGGAACCCCUGACCCGAACCCGGGCAGAAGGGCUCGUGGGGCGGGGCGGGUCCCGGAGGGCGGGGGCGGCCUCGGGCAGGCUCCGCCCCCAGCGCGGGUUUAAAAGCCGGGAAGGCGGGCGCCGCGGACUCUAGUCGCUGCUCAGUGCUCGAGAGCGAGCCGGCUCCCGGGUACAGCCAUGGCCCUGCGGGCAGGGGCCGCGCGGCGGCUCGGCGGCCUCCUGCUCUUCGCUCUGCUCGUUGCCGGCGCCGCCCCGCUCAGCUGGGAACUCCCGGAGCCCCGCAGCCGGGCCAGCAAGAUCCGAGUGCACCCGCGGGGCAACCUCUGGGCCACCGGUCACUUCAUGGGCAAGAAGAGUCUGGAGCCCCCCAGUCCACCCCUGUUGAAGGCAGCUCCCCACAUCUCCCUAAGGGAC